AUGAACUAUCAACUCAGAACGGACUUGCCUUCAGGGGAACCAGGAUCGUCAUUCCCACAACAAGACCGAGAUGACAAUACGAGCACAUCGUCACAUCUAGGUAUCCAGUACACUACAAAUACAGCUAGAGACAUCAUGUAUUGGCCAGGCAUGUCAGCUGACCUUACAGAAGCCGUACAGCGAUGCUCCACCUGUCAAGAAAUGCAACCAGCACAGCAGAAAGAGCCAAUGAUGACACAAACCAUACCUCAGCUACCAUGGCAAGUAGCUGCCAGUGAUUGCCUGGAAGUGCAAGGAGAACACUACUUAGUCCUAGUAGAUCUGUUCUCUGACUACAUAGAAUUAGUUCAGCUCCCAUACAAUUCAUCUAAAACUCUCAUCCAGCAGGUAAAACCGAUAUUUGCAACCCACGGGACACCAGCAGUUCUUAUAUCAGACAAUGGAACCAACUACAGUUCACAGGAAUUCCAGGAGUUCACCAAGGCAUGGUAA